AAAAGGGGUGGGUAUGAGAACGAUAGUAUGAACAGUACCUACCAACCGCCAGGUGUGUCUGCACUGUAGCAAUGUUCACCCGGAUCCAGGACUUCAGUACUUUGAGAGCCCUCGGCCAGAGCUGACGUGCGCUUAGCCAUUUCCGUCCGGCUUUUUUCGUUUCUUUUUUUUGUUGUCUGUUAGUAAAAAGAAAAAAAAAAGGGAACAGGCAAGCAGCUGUACCGGUAGUGCAGAGUGUGUGCGUUUUUCGUUGUAUUUAUUAUAUCGUGUGUUACCUUGACAACGGCUUGUUUUGACGACUGGACUUACGACAAGCGCGUAGAAAGUCUUUGUUUCUGGUGUGCACAUGACGACAUAUUUCCCUUAAAAAGUUGAGCUAGCCCUGCUCGAAAAAUCAAAUUGGAUUAGUUUUGUUGUGCCAUCGUUUUGUUUUUUUCGUUACCGUUUCGUUCACAUUUUUUAAUUCUUCUGUGGGCGCUUAUUGGAUAUGAUAACUUGGUGUGACGAUUCGCUACGAGGCCAUGCCCGGCGAAAAUCGUCAGCAGUCUCGUUCUAAUUUCAACGGUCAUCACAUGUUGGACGAUUACGCCAUCAUGGAACAACAACAUAAGCAUCAGCCUACGGCUGAUCAUUCCGAGCCGGUGGGUAAUGGAAGUCUGCAAGAACUCUACGCCCAGCUGGUCCAGAAAGAGCGUGAUCUCCUGCUGGCCGCCCAACUAGGCAAAGCCUUGCUGGAGAAAAACGAAGAACUCGGUCUGCAAAACGAGAAGAUGGCCGAAGAAUACUCGCGGCAGUUGGAGAUUUUAGAGCAAGAAAAGCACGUUUUACGGCGGAAAGUGGACACGGUUGAGGGCGAAUACGAGUCGAAAGUCUCGGAACUCCAAAGCGAUGUGGCCGACUUGAGGCGGUCGCUGGAUGAGCAGCAGAACAACGUCAAGAUCGCAGAGAGGCAAAAGUCGUCCAUCAUCACGCAAUUGACAGAGCAGAACCAGCGACUCACUGCCCAACUCAAAGAGGCGAUGAAAAAUGAAGAGCAAUUGAGCGCCCAGCUGCAAGGCUUGCGUGAUCAGUUCAGUUUGAGGAAAUCUAGUCUCCAAGAUCACGUCGGCCAUUUGGAAAUCAUGAGAGAAGAGAUCGUGAUGCUGACUGAAAAGAAAACGGAACUGGAAAGACGAUUACAACACCUACUGUCCGAACGCGAAGGUUUGACGUCCAACUUGGACGAAUCGUCGGACAGGAUCAUGGGCCUGGAACGCCAGUGCCACGAGCAAGACGUCCACCUACGCGAAACGCACCGUGAACUGAACGAAUUGCGAGCGGCCAACGGGUCCCUUUGCGAGCGAUUGGAAGCCAUCACGAGAAAUCUGUCUUCACCUUCAGCACCGAGUUUCCAUCACCACAGCCAUUCGCUACUGGCCGAGAUGGACCUGUCGGCCGCCAGUUCCGGUCACGGAUCCGCGUCCAGUCCGAAUUCUCAUCCAUCACUCACCGGUCAAGAUGAUAUCGAGAUCGACGACAUCGAGUGCGACGAUCCACAAGCCGAGAACUCCCUCGUCGUUGAGGAACAAAACCAAAAGAUGAGACAAGAUAUCAUGGACGCCUGCGUCGCUUUAAGAAGUUUAUGCGAAACGGUGCGCGCCCAACGACGUCGAGCUUCGUUAUCGCUAUCAUCGAUGACCUCGUCGAGCAGCGGCGGCCAAAAUCCCCCCUCGGUGGGUAGCAAUAGCUCCGUGUUAACGGAGAGCGUUAAUCACAGCAUCCCCCGGUUAGACGGCAAACAAGACACGGGCCUUCUCAACUACCUGGUGAAGGAUAUCGACCAGUUGGUCAGAGGCUCGGCCUGGUUCCAGCUGGACUUUUCACAGUGCGAACAGUGCGGCCGCAGUCCCAACGAUCUUCUCCAGCUCGAAUCGGAAUUGCAUUUGACUCAGGAGGCGGCCGACCGGUUGCAACGCAAUCUAGCCGACAAGACGGAGGAAUCGAAGCGUCGCGACGAGGAAGCCACAUCCUUCAAAAAUCAGUUGACGCUAAAAGAGGUGGAGCUGGAAGCGACUCGUGAAGAACGCGACACAGCCCGUCGCGAUGUGCGCGACACUCACCUGGCCAAAGACGAGAUCAUCCGUCGAGCGUGGGAAGUUCGGGACCAGGCCGUUGCGCGCAAAAACGCGGCCGAAAUUGAAUUGGCCCGCACCCGCAUCGACGUCCUACAAAUCAACAGCCAACUGUUGGAAGCCAUCCAGCAAAAGGUCGAAUUGAGCCAGCAGCUCGACCAGUGGCAGGUGGACAUGCAGCAGCUGCUGGACGAUCAGAUGAAGCGCAAAUUGUCCAAACAGGAACUGCUGCGCUCGAUGGCUAGUGCCGGUGGAGCGCCCCAGCAGUCGCUCGGGACCACCGCUGGUUCCAGCGCUUCACCUCAGCAAAGAAAAACAAAAUUCUUGGGUCUUUUCCAACGGUCGUGAACGGCUGAACCGAUGACGUGUAGCCCAUUAGCACGCGCAGCUUUCAAUUAUUAUUUUUUUUUUUUUUUCGCCACCCCACCUCCUUAAAUUCUGCAUCUAACGCUGCAUAUAAUCCACCGUCCCUCGUGUUUUUUAAAGGAACCGUUGUAUCAUAUAUUAAUGAUUAAUUAACUACUCGGCAUUCGAAUUUAUUUAAAGGAAUUAAAGAAAGGGUGGAAUGUUUCGUAACUAUGUAUAGAAAAGAGGGGACGUCAAAAGUCGAUUGUGAGACACGUGAAAAAAAAAAGAAAUUAUACAUAAUACGAAGGCGGAUCUCGGGUUGUCUCUCUUUUUCUCCGGAAUGAUAAUUAUUAGGAUUGUGAUUAUUUUUUGGGCACAUUUUUUUCUCCCCCUUUUUGUUUCCCUCACAUUUUCUCUAUUUUUUUGGAGGGGGAAUUUUUUUUAUUAUUAUUCUCUUUUCUUGUUCAAAAAAAAAAGUGGGUUUUGUAUUCAGGCCGUAGGUCAAACGAACCUCCCUAUUGUAUCAUAAACAGUUAACCAACGAAAAAAAAAAAAAAAAGUUUGAAAAAAAUAUAUUAUUAACUAAAAAGAAAACGGGGAGAAAAGUAAGCAGCACGUAACGAGGUCAGAGGUAUAAAUAAGAAAAAAGUUAGUGGGACGUUUUCUCGUUGCUUUUAAGAAGAAAAAAAAAAUUGUAAUCGUGAUUUCCAGCGCACGUGUGUUGCUGCUUCGUACUUCCCCCUCAACAAAAUCAUGUUACGUGUAAUGCCGAACGAAUGUUCUUUUGUGUCUGUUUCUUUACGUGAGAGUGCGUGUCUGUUUUACUGCACCGAAAAAAAAAUACAUGAUGCAACAUCUUUGCUAAAAAAAAAAAAAAAGAACCCC